AUGAGCCUACAUGAGCACACAUACAAACCAUAUGGGUCACCCUCAUUCAAGAAUUCUGAUGAAAUAAGGAUCGCCGUCAACUUUCAAGAUCUGAUUCUUGAUAUUUCUGAAAGUUACAUCUAUAUUGAGGGAAAAUUCACACCAAACGAUGCCACUAAAACCUGCUAUUUAUCUAAUAAUGCUCUAGCAUUCUCAUUUGAUGAAAUACGCUAUGAAAUGGGUGGCGAACAAGUAUGCAUGGUACGAAAACCAGGCAUCACUACUACCAUGAAGAGUAUGAUUUCUUAUGGAGAGAGUAAUAUGAAAUUCCUAGAGACAAUUGGAUGGGGCCUUGAUGGUGGCAAGCAGGUGCUUCUAGAUAAAGCUAGCAACGUUUCUAGCGGCAAACUACCCCUUGAAUAUCUGAUGGGGUUUGCCGAAGAUUAUUGUAGAGGUAUUUUGAAUAUCAAACAGGAGCUAAUACUCAUCAUAGCUCGCUCAUUCAAGAACUCAUAUAUUGGGGAAGUGGACGCCGAUGUGGAGAUUAACAAAAUUGAGUGGAAGAUAAGACAUGUGAUGCCAACAGAUAAGCAGAAAUUGAAGCUAUUGACCCGUUUGAAUAGAAGUUCUACGGCAAAAGUGAAAAUUGCAUACAGGAUGUGGGAUCUGUAUGAGUUACCGACUAUUCGUGAAACAGCAUCUGACAUUUGGGCCGUUAAAACUACCAAUAGCCUCGAGCGGCCUCGAUAUAUCAUCAUUGGAUUCCAAAACACUGAUAACACUGAUAAUGGAUCUGAGGAUAUCACACAAUUCACCCAUGCAGGAGUGAGCAAUAUUCGCCUGUAUUUGAAUUCCGAAGUUUAUCCAUACGAGCGAUGGAAUUUGGAUUUCGAUAAGAAAUUAGAUGCAGUAGCCUAUCAUGCAUAUGACAACUUCCAACGUAGUUACUACGGCAAAGACAUGAGCGAACCAAUGAUGAGCAUCGAGGAAUUCCGAAAAAACCCACUAUUUAUCAUUGACUGCAACCACCAACCCGAUGCGAUGAAAUCUUCCACUGUCGACAUCAAAUUGGAUGAAUCCGAGUUGCCAAGUAUUCAAAAUUUCUAUAACAAAUUGAACGAUACAAAUAUUUCGGACGACGAUUACGCGCACGCGCGAAAAGUUUGGAAAUCUUUGGAGCUGAAAUCGCUGGGAGAAUAUAGCGACCUAUAUAUGCGGACCGAUAUUCUUCUUCUUGCUGACGUCAUGGAAAAUUUCAGCGCGUCAUCCCUCAAGACCUAUGGCCUCGAUCCUGCUUGGUAUUACACCAUGCCCGGCUAUACUUGGGACUGCAUGCUCGAGUAUACUGGGUGCAAGCUGCAAAUCAUCAAAGAUAUCGACAUGGUGAUGUUUGUGGAGCAGGCGAUAAGAGGAGGAGUAUCGGUUUGCUGCAAUAGAGCCAAUCGUAUGGAUUUGAUGUUGGCAUUAUCGAACACGGUGACGUCUUCAUGCAAAUUAUCGGCUUUUUUCGUUUGGAAAAAUACUAUAACAUAUCUUGGACUGUCCAAUGCAGAACAUGUCUUGACGGACCAGAUUUCUAUGGUAGAUCCUUGUGUGAGUGCUGGUAGCUCGUGCAAUUCCCAUCGGCGAAACGGUAUCAUCAUAGGCUCAUCUGCUUUGAUACGUGUCAACAACUGCAACUUUAUGUCAUCGUUGGGUGUGAGAUGUGGCACUUUCAAAUUGAUGCUUUCUAUCGUUAUUUUAGCAAUACUCUGA